UUCCCGUACUUUCUCUGAAUCCUAACAGAUCAUACAGGAUAAAGAGACGCUUCUGCUUGUUUCCAUCCUGCCUUUUAACUGGGAGGACCAGCGUCAUCUGGGUGGAAAGUACGCUACCGCUAGCAGGAAUAUUUUUAUUUUUUAUUUUUAAAAGGUUUACGGUUUUAUUUUUUAUGUGUGUGGAAUAUUUAGUACAGUCGAGUGUCUGAACGCUCAGAGCACGUAUGUAAGGAGGUCAAGCUAUGGCCGGAGCGGUGAGUCUGGAACUGGACCCUGUCUUCCUGAAGGGGCUGGGAUAUCUGCACUCCAAGAGCAAGGACUCUGCCGAGAAGCUCAGAGCCCUCCUGGACGAGUCUUUGGCCAGGGGCAGCGAGUCAGUUUACCGGUCGUCACUAAAGGAAGUCGAGGUGACCAAGGUGUCACUGCCAAAAAUAAACAAACCAGAGGCCAAGUCAUCAUCCAAUUCGUCCUCCUCGUCUUCGUCCUCGUCUUCAUCCUCGUCCUCCAGCAGCAGUAGUGGCAGCGGAAAGUCAAGCAGCUCAGAGAAAAGCAAGAAGGAGGCAGAGAAAAGACCCGCUGAGAAGGUGAGGGUGGAGUGCACUGAUGCGGUGGAGCCCCUGAAAAAGCAGAGGCUGGACAGGCCAGAGAGCCGCUCAUCCCCCAUCACCUUCCAGCACAAGGACCCCCCCCUCGCAGACUUCAGUUACGGCGACGAGACCAAUGCCGACGACUUUGCCAUGGAGAUGGGCCUCGUCUGUGUGGUCUGCCGACAGAUGACAGUCACAUCAGGAAAUCAGCUUGUGGAGUGUCAGGAGUGUCACAAUCUGUACCACCAAGAAUGCCACAAGCCUCAGGUUACAGACAAGGAUGUGAACGACCCACGUCUGGUGUGGUACUGUGCGCGCUGCACCAGACAGAUGAAGCGCAUGGCUCAGAAGACCCAGAAGCCUCCUCAGAAGGCAGCGCCUGCAGUGUCUCUAUCGGCUGCUCCCGUGGUGAAGGAGCCCCUGGUGAAGAAGCCGGAGCUCAAGGCCAAGCCGGAAGCGGCCGGAUCUUUCCAGGCCUUCAAGAGGACAGAGAUGAAGGUGUCCACAGUGACAUCGGGAAGCUCUUCAAGCAGCGGAUCAUCUCUGCCCUCGGGCAGCGCUCUCACGGGCUGGGCUGCUUUUACAAAAACCACCACAGCAGGGGCCUCCGGCAGCAAGCCCGGCCCCAGCAAGCCCCCCCCACCCCCCGCAGGGCCCAAGCCCAUGGGUCUGUCUGCACUGGCCAGCGUGAAGCCGAGUGCCAAAGCACCAGGAGGUGCCGGCGGCGGUGCCGGAGGCGGGAGCGGUAAUGGGAAUAACGGUUCGUCCACAGCGCAGCUGAAAGUACCCCCUCCUCUCACGCUGGGCAAACAGCCUCUGAGCCGCUCGGCCAGCGGGGAGAGCCUGGGCAAGCCGAUGACCACGGGCUCUACCUCGCCUGGAACGGCGCCCUCCAGUGGCCCGGGGGGCAACGGCAGCUCGGUCGUCAACAGUGGUGGAAACGGGGGCUGCACCAGCAGCAAUAACAAUAACAGUAACGCCGGGGCCAAAGUGUCAGCAGAUGGCAAAACGCCGACAUCCCAGGAGUCUCAGCUCAACGCCAUGAAGAGACUGCAGAUGGUGAAGAAGAAAGCCGCACAGAGGAAGAUGAAGAAAUGAACAGAGCGGGAGGAAACAAAUCCAGAACUAAUGCUUCAAUCUCUCUGUAUAGAGGAUGCUGGGUAAUGUAGUGCUCUCUGUAUAGAGGAUGCUGGGUAAUGUAGUGCUCUUUGUAUAGAGAAUGCUUGGUAAUGUAGUGCUCUGUGGUCUAAAGCAACAGCAG